UGAUCUUCCCCACAAAGGCAACAACGCUAUUUUGCACUCGCCGAAGACCUCAUCAGAGAGAGAGAUCGAAACGCCAAGUUCUCUUUGGUUAUAUCGUCGUCUAGGCCCUAGGGUUUUACGACAUGAGAACUAGAAGAUCGAUGACGCCCAAAGCGGGGACGGCGGAGAAGACAUCACCGGCGACCAAGUCCGCUGGUAAAGCUGCACCUGCAUCUACUGCUCCUUCUGCUGCGGAAUCUCAGACUCCCAGAGCAGCAGAUACGAAGCGAGGGGUUGCUGCGAAAGCCAAGCAGGCGAAAGAAAGCAAAGCAACAACGGAUUCAAACCCUGAACACUCUAAUGAUGCAACACUUGCUACACCAGAGACAAAAUUUGCCUUGGGCGCUAAAUUAGCUGGGAAGAAAACACCUGGAAGACCUAAAGUUCUUGCUUCGAGGAAAUCUGCUGGCUCGAAGACAGAAUCAGGGGAGGCUGAACAGGAGAAGGUUGAAGGAACCCCAAAAAGGGAGGAGGGGGAGGAAGCAAAGGAUUUGGAAAGUAUGAGGCCACAGGAUCCUCCUGCUGAAAAUGUUGAAGCAUCUGCAAAGUAUGAAGGGGCAACUAUGGAAUCAGGAGAACAUGCUCAUGCCAGUGUCGGAGAAUCAACAAAGGGGGAACAUACUGUAGUUGAAAAUGUUGGAGAAUCUACAAGGAGCGAGACAACCUCAUUUAUUGGUAUGGAAGGUAUGCAAACUGCAGUGGAAAUGGAUGUACCUCCUGUUGCCAUUGUUGGAGAUGCUAUCAAUCAAGAAGAGUCUGUUGUAGUACGGAUCAGCAAGUCCUCCCAUAGGGAACGACAGAACAAUGAGGAGAAGGCAGUGGAAUUAAAUGAAGAGCCAGAAGAGGAAAGAAAUAUUAACAAUGAGGACCUCAAAAGUGAGGCUGUUACCACAGAAAUAAAUAUCAAAGACAAAAUGGGGGAAUAUGCUUUAAUUGAACACGGCGAAUUUGAUGGAGAUGAAGCAUUGGAGGACUAUGAAGACAGGGUGGACUUUGAAGAUCAUGGGGAGGAUGAACUUGUGGAGGAUUAUGCCGAGGAACCUGGUGAAGAAAGUGAGGCACUGGAAGAUGAACACAGGGAACUAACAGCUAUUGCUAGAGCACGAAGGAUUAAGAAAGAGCACGAGAUAUUUGUUGGUGGUUUGGACAGGGAUGCAACUGAGGAUGAUUUGAAAAAGGUAUUUGGAAAUAUUGGAGAGGUAGUUGACGUUCGGCUGCACAAGAAUGUCUCAAAUAAUAAGAACAAGGGUUAUGCAUUUGUGAGGUUUGCUAAUAAAGACCAUGCAAAGCGGGCUCUGUCAGAAAUGAAAAACCCUGUGAUUCAUGGAAAAAGGUGUGGAACAGCACCCAGUGAGGACAAUGACACAUUAUUUGUUGGGAAUAUCUGUAAUACAUGGACAAAAGAAGCUAUCAAACAAAAGUUGAAAGAUUAUGGUGUUGAAGGUGUUGAGAACAUUACUCUUGUAGCAGACGUUCAACAUGAAGGGAAGAGUCGUGGCUUUGCAUUCAUUGAGUUCUCUUGUCACAAUGAUGCUAUGCUUGCAUAUAAGAGGCUUCAGAAGCCUGACGCUAUUUUUGGUCACCCUGAAAGAACAGUCAAAGUUGCGUUUGCCGAACCCUUACGUGAGCCUGACCCAGAAGUGAUGUCCCAGGUGAAGACAGUUUUUCUUGAUGGCAUUCCUCCUCAGUGGGAUGAAGAUCAUGUCAGAGAGCAACUAAAGGGCUGUGGGGAGAUGGUACGAGUUGUCCUAGCCCGCAACAUGUCAACUGCCAAGAGGAGGGAUUUUGGAUUUGUCGAUUUCUUUACACAUGCAGAUGCAGUUGCUUGCAUUAAUGCUGUAAACAAUAAAGACUUGACUGAUGGGAACAUAAAGGCAAAAGUUAAAGCAAGGCUUUCAAAUCCUAUGCCUAAAACUCAAGCUGUGAAGGGUGGAAUGUGCGGUGGAUUCAAAAUUGGUCGCGCUGGCAGUGGAGUCUUUCAGAGAUUUGGGAGGGGUUUUGGGCGUGAAGGACAUAACUUCAACUGGAAUAAUUUUAACCGUGGCAGGGGGUUCUAUCAACGCGGAGGUGGUCAAUAUAAUAGAAUGAGUCCCAAUGACUAUGGUUUCGGUAACCGAUAUGAUGAUUUUCCUGAGAGGCAAAUCACUGGACGAGGUGGAAGAAGGGGUUCUUUUAGGGGUGGUUAUCAUGUACCUAGCAGAGGUGGCAAUGUUGCUGGUCCAUCAAGAUCUUAUUAUGAGAGACCCUGGCAUGCUGCUUCUGAUAUUGAGCCUGAGGAGCAAAUUCCUUUUAGGAGGAACCCAUUUCCACCCGGACAAGCCUUUAACAGACCGUUUACUGGAAGGCACUUUGAUGACCCUUACUUCUACAAUGAUGGCUCCCCUGGGAUGAAGCGGCCCUUUUAUCUGAGGGACCCUGAUCCUGAUUACAUGGAGCCCAGGAGACUUCGCCCUCGAUUGGAUUAUAGUGAUCCGGCAGUUCCAUUUCCUGGAACUCGGUACCACGAUAAUUUUGGAGCUGACACUGGAAUGUACUCACAGGAUUAUUACGGAUCUGAUUACGGUGCAUAUCCUUCUUAUUAUGGGGCUAAUCGGCCAUAUCGACGUGGUUAUUACUAAUCUCUGAGAUAUCGGUGAGCUGGGAAAUGCGGAUGAACUUCAUCGAUAAUUGGAGAAUGGCUCUCAUUUAGCUUUCCUCCUAACGCCCUGCCGCCUUUUUUUCUUCCUGGGUUCCUUUAUUAUUAUUUGGUAGUAUGUAUUAAUUUAUUAUUGCUGUAGUUUAGGUUAUGUGACUUAUGUGUUUGAAGGAUCUUGACUAAGAAAGGGGGUUUUCUCUAUGUUAAAGACUAGAAUGGAUGCCUGGUCAUCUUUCUCUAGGCAUGAACCUGGUGAGAACUUUACCUCUCGAUAAUUCUUAAUGGUGAAGAUGAAGGAAACAGUCUGGGUGACUUUUGUCUUCUGGAAGUGAAGAGUUUCAAUUUAUGCCUUCAUAUACUUGUGGAUAGGCCAAAGUUAAAAUUUUGAGCUGUGCAGAUGGAGGCUUUUGGGAGGCAGGUUUAAAGGUUUUGUUGCGAAUUGGAAAGGUUUAGGGCUCAUGCAAUACACAAUCAUGAGAGAUGGAACUUGUUGUGUUAUUGGAGUUCAAUUGAAAUAUUGAAUAGAGUUUUUGUUCGAGAAGUGUUUGUGGUUAUUUUGGUGGAUCUAGGGAGCACUUGAAGUUGAUUUCAUUCCUACUUAUAUCAAACUAAAAUAAGCAUUGAAAUCUCUCAUGGUGCUCAUGACUUGGAUGACUUGGAGAAUUUAUGAUUUUGAUGUUUUUUGCUCAUCUUUUCAAUUAUGGACGCUACCUUCAGAUGAAACGUAUCAUUUUAACCUGUUGUCUUUUGAUUGUCUGAUGACACAAGUGAUAGACGUCAAGUGUGAUUUGGUACUUCAGCGACUCUGCUGUUACAUAUGUUUUGGGAACAUUCCUUGUGUUAUCCUUUUAUUAUUGAUUGGAAAUUUUGUGGUUUGUGUUGGAGACUGGAUCUGAUUUUGUUUUAUGGUCAGACUAACCUAUCUGGUUUGAUGGAUGGGUUAUGGUGGUCUGCUAUCAAUCCUCAGAUGUUAGAUGCUUGAGUGAGGAGUAGCACUCUGGAGUUCCUGCCAGUGUAGGCUGAUGCAAUAUGUCUAAUGUGUCUUGAACUUUGAUAGUUGAAUUACAUGAAUUUUAUUUUUCCAGCAAUUUUAGUGGUGAUUUAGGCGAGUAAUUUCAUCAUCGAUGUAAGAUUAGGACUGGAUCAUGAAUUAGUUAUCAUGCCUUAUAGACGAGAGGAUAAAUGUUAGCAUUAUAAUCAAGUUACUGUGACAUAGCGGAGUAUGGUUUUGAUAAUCUGAAGUUAUUAUGUGAUCUGUAAUGCUUUUUUAUCUUUAUUUGAAGAAAGGUUGGGGGAUGUUAGGAGUGUUGUAAUUCUUUUGUGGUUGCUAGGUGAUAACCAUGUUGUCGGUUAUUAGUGAAAAUCACCAGUCACAUUGCUUUCUCUACAUUUGAAUCAGUUUCUUCAUUUUGGUUCUCAUAGAGGAAUGUUAGAGUUGCAACAAAAACAGCUCAAUCAUAAAUCAUGGGGAAAAUAGGCAUUUUGCAAUGCAGGGGCAAGGUUGCAUCCAUAUGCCUUUCUUAGGCACUGCCUUCAUUGUUGGAGUUCUGUGCGGUGGGUGUUUUCCUCUGUCCUUUCUCGUAGAUCAUGUGGCAUUUUUUUUUGUUUUGCUUUAUGACUGAUUAGAGCAAUAGAGAUGGAUUCUUUGUACUUCCAAUCGGAAGGGGCCUUGUAGAUAUUUUUAAAGGUCUGCUAGUCAUCUGAUUUAUCUAUGAUUGGGAUGUGCGCUGUAGCUGUAAAAUAAAAGCCUGGCUUUUUAUUAGCCAAGCUUGGACUGGGUGGUUAUUAGAAUCACAAGAAAAAACAACUUGAUGGUUGUCGUUGUCUCGGUUUUCCCACCAGUCAAGAUGGAAUAUUAUUUGGUGUCUGCCGUGAGUGUUUAGCUCCUAGAUAAGGUAUUGCUAUCAGGCAUUUUUGAGGUUGAAUUCUCUUUAUGCCUGCUAGGAAUCCUUGUUCGAAUGGGAAGGAUUGGUCAUUGGUGUUACGAUGCUUUCACAAAUCCAAUCUCUGUUUAAUUUGAAGUCUUUGAGCUGGAAUUUGAUAUGUACUCUAUGAUUGUUGUUUUUUGACUUCUUUCUGCUGUUUGCACAAUAGUUUCAGGGUGCAUGAUUUUGUUAAUUUUAGGCCCGACUAAGGAUGUUUUGCUUUUAUGUAUUUGAAGUUCAGGAGUCCCUUUUUUGAUAGUAGUCUGUCUAUAACGUCUAUAAUAUCUCCUGUUAUAUAUUUGAAGUUCAGGAGUACUAUCUCCUAUUUCAUGGACUGACUGGAUGAAUUGUUUUAUGUUGGGUGAGAUAGGGUAAUCCACAAAGCCAUCUGAAGCUGGAAAGAUGAUGUAGGAAAAUCUGUAAUUUCUGUUUUGUGACGUGAUGUUGAGCCCCGUUCCACCGUUUGCGAUUUUUCUGUAUGCUAAUAGGAGAUUCACUCUUGGCUCAAGGAUCUUGCAGUUUCCCCGUGACGCUUUUUAACUGAUAAUCACUUGAUAUGCAAUAUUUCAAUAGGAGAUUUACACUUGGCUCAA